CAUGAAUUCCAAAGAUUACAGUAUUUAUUUCAAAUAUCAAAUAGUUCAUAGAAUGCUAUACUUAAGUCAACUUAAAAAAGAUUAUUUAGAACAAUGUCUAUCCAAAGAAUAAGAACCUGAUUAUGAAUUGAUCCAUGUUAUAUCCAUCAUUGAAUCAAAUCAAAACUCUAAUCUAGAUUUAACUCUAGUUAAAGCAACUUCCCUUUAAUUAAUUCUUCCAUUACUUAAGGUAAAUUAUCCUAUUAACCGGUCAAGGCAGUGUCAAAAUCAUAUUGACUAAAUUACCAUCACAUCCCAAUAAGCCCAAUAGUUAAAAGACCUACUUCCUUAGUUCAUAGAAGAUAGUAAUCUUGAUAUUUAAAUACGCAAAAAAAUACCUCAAUUAGAUCUUAAUUAAAUCAAUUCAUCAACAACCAAUUUGAUCUAAUCUUCUUAAAGACAAAAUAAACUUUAAAAAUCACCAUCAUAAUAUUAAUUUAAUACAGAUCGUCUUUAAAAUCCAUAAAGCACUACAAGAAUCAAAAAAUAAUUAUUACCAACUCCAAUUAAUCAAUAACCAUAACCAAAAUCACCUAAUACCAAAAUUGUUAACGUUAAAUUAAAAAAAUAACAUACUGAAGUUGUUGGCAAAUCAUUAACACAUAAAAAAAGAUUAUAAUUAUAAUCUCAUGAAGAUUUAAAUCGAAAAAUUAGUUCACAUAGUUUUACUAAACAUAAAAAUACUAGCAGUUCACCAAUCAAUGAAACUACUAAUAUUUAAAGAUAAAUUAGCCAAUAUACCACUUGCUAACCUUAAUUAAAAACCAAUUCUUCAGGUGCCAAUAUUUAAAUUAAAGCUUUAUUAGAAUCAUAACAAACUUCAAAAACACCAAAUAAUAAUACUAUCAAUUCUAAUGAUCAAAAUGCUGAUAUUUCAAUACAUUUGAAAAAUCUUAUUAGCUUUUGCAAUCAAUCAAUUUUAAAAAAAAAUCAAGAAUGUUAUAGUUCAAAAAAAGAUUUAUCUACUCAAUAAACCAAUUCUAGUAUUCUUUAAAUAAAAGAAAAUAAAGAAAACAACUAACCUAUUAAAAAAUCAACUCCUUUAUUAAAACCUACUGAACAUACUAUGAUUAAAUUGACUGAAUUAACAGAAGAAGAUAAUCCAGAAACUGCUAGAUUUAAUUCAGAAGAUGAUGUGAGAAAACUUACCAAUUUUAAUAGUAAAGGAUUAUAAAAAUUACUUCAAUCCAAAACUAAUCAGUUAUCAGAAUAGAGCUCUACAUAAUCAUUACUUUCAUUAUUUUAAAGAAAAUGA